CAACACUCUAAGAGCUUAAAAAGGUUCACAUAAUGGCAAGGAAGAGAAAGGUUUCUGAAGUAGUUGAAGAAGGGAGCAUGGUUUGGGAUGAAAUGAUGAAAGAAGCUGCCUCCCUAGGAGGAGCUAGACGAGUCCGAAAACGAUUUGUCGGUGUUCGACAAAGGCCGUCGGGAAGAUGGGUUGCUGAGAUCAAAGAUACCAUUCAAAAGAUAAGAGUUUGGUUAGGAACUUUUGAUACUGCUGAAGAAGCUGCAAGGGCUUAUGAUGAGGCUGCUUGUUUGCUUCGCGGCGCGAAUACUCGCACGAAUUUCUGGCCUUGCUCUCAAUCUUCAACUAGUCCUGCUCUUUCUUCCAAGAUCACUAAUCUUUUACUCCAAAGACUUAAAGAAAGGAACAUGAAUAUGAGUAUGAAUAUGAGUAAGAAUAUGAAUAACUCUUGUUCAUCGUUUUCUUCGCCGAAAUACACUACUUCCUUGAUCAAUUCUGAGGAGAGUCGGGAGCACCAACGAGUCAAUGAACGACAGGACUAUCACGAGACGGAUAUGCAAAAAGUGGAGGAGGAAACCUAUGGAGAAGUGUCAAAAGAUUUCUCAAUUGAUCAAUUCACCGAUUUUCUCAACGAUCACGAAGAUUAUAGCGCAAGCAACCACGAAUUCGUCAACAACACUGCUCAAUUCGACUACAUUUCAAGUAGUUUCGAAUCAUGUUUAACCGAAAACAAUAUCUGCAAAGGAAACGAGGCCAAUAUCGAAUACAAAUCAAAAUCAAACAAUGUGACACAAACUUCAAGUGGUGAUAGCAAUUCAGAAGAUAGUGAAGAAGAAGUCAAUAAUGAGUUAGGUAUCAUCGAUGUUCCCGAUUUUCGUUUUCUCGAUGAUAUUGCUCCUACUAGUUACUACUCACCUUUUGAGAUUGCUGAAGAAAUGGAAGAGAAAAUGGAGACAGAAGAUUUUUGUGAUGAGCCAUCAAUGAUAAGAGCAGUGAUGAAGAGAAUGAAGUAUGAGAGAAAAUUUUCAGCUUCUCUUUAUGCAUUCAAUGGAAUACCGGAAUGUUUGAAGUUGAAACUUGAAUCAGGAAACAAUAAUAUUUCUGAACAAUUGAACAAUCUUAAGGAAUCAUGUAGCAAGAACAAGAACAAGAUUAAGGUGGAUGAGAAAAAUGAGCAAGUUUCAAUGGAGAUUGAGCAAUCUUGUUCAUUGAGUAGGAAUGAUAGUGAUGUUUUUCUUUGGAAUUCACUUGAUCUUCCUCCUAUUUGUUUUGUUAACUUACUUGAAAAUGGUUCUUUUAAUUAGUAAUGUUAAUUUGAU